UGGAAUGGUGAAGGAAGUGGUUUUGUUGUGUGGUGUCCAGCUGAGUUUUCUGAGCAUAUGUUACCAAAAUAUUUUAAGCACAACAAUUUCUCCAGUUUCGUACGACAACUCAAUACCUAUGGAUUCAAGAAAGUAGCAUCAAAACGGUGGGAAUUUCAGCAUGACAAGUUCAAGAAAGGGUGCAGGCAAUUGUUAGAAGAAAUAACGAGGAAGAAAUGUGAGCCAAGUGCAUUUCCUAUAUACUUAAAGCCUACUGAAAGGAAUACAUUUGCUAUAAAAGAAGAGAAUACAACAAGGCAGCUGCUCAUGGAAGAGAACAAGAACUUAAGAAAGGAAAGGUUAGAAUUGCAAAUGCAGAUUGCUCAUUUCCAAAAAUUGGAGAUGAAGUUGUUGGAAUGCCUUUCUCAAUAUGUGGAAAACUCACAAAAUAAAAUUAGAAGAUUGUUUUAGACCUGCAUAGCUUUGUGCAUCCAACUAUUUAUUUUUUAUAUUAUAAACAACCAUGUAUAAUUACCCCAAAUUCAAUAACCCAAAAAAUGAGGAGGAGGAGGGGAAUCUUCCAAUAGUUACAUAAUAGGAAGUUGAGUCUUUCAAGUCUUGCCCCAAAUGUUUUAUGGCUCAACUUCUAUAUAUGCUAAACAUUUAUAGUUCAAUACUCCCUUCAUUCAUAGCU